AUGACAGCCAUUAGUAUUACUCUAUUGGCUUUUAUUGUUGCUUGUCUUUUGCAGCUGGCCAAUGCAAACCCAUGCAAGCUACUAACUGACCAAUCCGAGUUGGAUAGCUGCUAUAUGAGAGAAGCCCUUAACUUUGCUUUGCUUGAAAACCCAAGACUCCCCUUUGGAGCACUGAUUGUGGAUCAUACAACCAACGACAUAUCUUGUUACGGAGUCAAUUCAGACCGCAAGGAUGCUUUGCUACAUGGUGAAUCUGCUGCAUUUCUAAACUGCACCGAGCUCUACCCAUCACCAACAGGAAAUGAUGCUAGAGACCCUGGAUUAGAUUAUUCCAAACACACAUUGUACACUACAGGCGAACCUUGCCCAAUGUGUUCUGCUCAGUCUUUCUAUCGUGGUAUUACACGCGUCGUUUGGGGUACUUCUAUCCCAGAUAUCAACAAAAGUGGAAGCUAUCAACUAUACAUUCGAGCAAAUGAUGUUCUUGCUUCAGCAAAGGCUGGUGGAGGAGGUCCUUAUUCCAAGAUCCCUAAAAUCGAGGGUGGUAUACUCAAAGACGAAUGCGAUCGUGCUUUCUGGUGUUCGUUCACUUCUUUCCGUUCGACUAAUUACUACAAGUGGAUGAGCGAACUAGGCGAAGAUGAAUACAUCAAAAACAGAAAUGAGCGCUUUAACUGUACAGCAUCUUCCUAG